CCAUUUCACCCCCUCCUCGCUCAAGAUCCCGGAAGUAGCCUUGUGAGAUCAUGAUGGCAGGUAAGAGUCAUUCUGCACUGGUUACACAUUGCCUGGAUGACAGGACCUUCCAGCUUUGCUGCCAGCUCUUUUUACAACACUCUGAGACCAUCCAGGAUGGGUGGUGCUGGGAGCAGAUUAAGGGUACUGAUGAAGGCUUCAUGAAGAAGAUUGUUCUCGUUCCUGUGAGAUCAACCAUAUUACACAAUCAGCAUGGAUGUUCCAUACAGGCAGAAAACAUGGACCCACUAACAGAGGAAAUCCAGGCAAAUGUUGAGGAUGAAACGGCUGGAGUUCAGGCAGUAUGUGAGAAUCAUGCGGUGCUACGCUAUGAAUACCACGUUCUAUAUUCUUGCAGCUAUCAGAUCCCCAUCCUCUAUUUCAGAGCCUCAACGUUAGAUGGAAGGUCCCUGUCUCUUGAGGAGGUGUGGAGCAACGUUCAUCCAAACUACAAACAGAGACUAUUGCAUGGACCCUGGGACACUCUAACUCAACAGGAACAUCCUUUACUGGGCCAGCCAUUUUUCAUGCUUCAUCCGUGUCGCACUGAGGAGUUUAUGAAACCUGCUCUGGAUUUGGCACAUGUGGAAAACAAGAGGGUGAAUUACAUAGUGACCUGGCUGAGUGUUGUGGGGCCUGUCGUCGGCCUGGAUGUCCCUCUGAGCUACAGCACGGCUGUGUCAGCUCCAGACUGAACCUUCAUUGCACCAACAUCGCGUGAGGACAACCACACACUCCCUGUUGAAACCAGACUGUAUUGACCCUGAGGACGCUUAUGGGACACCUCUGAACCUGCUGAGGAGCCAAAGAGGGGCCAAAAGUCUUGUUAGCAAUGCUUGAAAAAAUUUUAUAUUCAAAUCAAGAUGUCAGGUCUUUGAUCGAUUAAGUUCAUGGGCUAGCUCAGGACUGCUCUUAUAGAGUAAAUUAAGAACUAUUAAGAAUAAUAAACUGUGCUGGAAUGAUACAUACAUACGUAUAUAGCAAUUUUGUAAUGUAGUAUAGAUAAAGUGUCCAUAUAAUGUCCCAGUAGGCAACUGGCCCAUGCUAUUGAGCCAAACCUUGACCCUUGCUUUAAACAGCAAGAAAGUCAAGGGAGUAGCCAUUGUUUUUUAUAGCCAAUCAGAAACACACUCCGAAUGUAAAUCAAUUUGUGCUGGAUUGCUGGCAUCAGAUUGGCUGAUAUGUCUUCAGAGGGUGGGAUUUUGGAGAAAGGGCAUGCCAUUUAUGUUAGAAAAAUGGAUAAAGUUAGCAAAAUUUACAGCACCUUUAUAAACUGUGAUGAACUGUUGUAUUUGUUCAGAAUAUCUAUGCAUUUUAUAGGAAUAUUCCAAGUUUAGUUCAAUCAACAUAAUUUGUGGCAUAAUCUUGAUUAACACAAAAAUGUAUUUCAGCUGGGGGCCUGGGUAACUCCGCGAGUAUUGACACUGACUGCCACCCCUGUGAGUCACGAGUUCGAAUCCAGGGUGUGCUUAGUGACUCCAGUCAGGACUCGUAAGCAAACAAAUUGGCCCGGUUGCUAGGGAGGGUAGAGUCACAUGGGGUAACCUCCUCGUGAUCUCGAUUAGUGGUUCUCAAUUGUGUGUGGAUUGCGGAGGGUAGCAUGAGCCUCCACAUGCUGUGAGUCUCCGCAGUGUCAUGCACGACGAGCCACGUGAUCAGAUGUGCAGAUUGACUGCCUCAGAAGUGGAGGCAACUGAGACUUGUCAUCCAUCACCCGGAUUGAGGUGAGUAACCGCGCCAACACGAUGACCUACUAAGUAGUUGGAAUUGGGCAUUCCAAAAUGGGAGAAAGAUUUAAAAAAUUAUAAAUUUCGACUCGUCCCUCCUUUUAUAAAAAAAAUUAAAAAAAGCACAAAUCUUGGUUACGUUGAGGCAGUUACAAUGGAAGUGAAUGGAGCCAAUCCGUAAAUGUUAAAAUACUGACUGUUUCUGAAGUAUAGCCACGAGACUUAUGCAUAUUAACAUGAUUUUAGUAUGAUAAAAUUGCUUGCUAACCUUUUCUGUGUAAAUUAUUACAUUUUACAACAUUGUUGCUUUUUGGUUUGAGUACAGGAGGGACGAGUUGAAAUUAUGAUUUUGUGGUAAUCCUCAUUAUGCCACAAAUGCUGUCGUUUGAGCUGAACUUGAACCUGGAAUACUCAUUUAAGAUUAAAAAGGCAAACAAUAUGUUUCCCUUUGCAUUGUAAAUAAUGCUUAAAAGGAACUGUGUGUGUGCACGUGCAAAUGGAGUAUUGCUAUUCAAAUAUUAGUUUGCAAGUCUUUGCCUUCCAACUGCGUAUGUGUGUGUGACUCGAUAUAUUUUCUUGCGCUGGUCGGGUAUUGUGAAGUGGGUCUAAUUUAGAUUUUUAUUUUAGAGUCCUGAAAUCAGACUUGCAUCUCAUAGCCUGAUCAGACAGAGUAAUUGGUGUAGUAUUUUGUUGUUGUUUUAUCUCCCUGUAGUCUGAAAUUUCUCUUCAUUACUUAACAAGUAGUGUGGUGUGCCAGGCCACAUCCUGAAAUAACUAUGUCUGAAUGAAAUUCAAUCCUUGGCUGUUGGGUCUGAAACCUGUCUGUCUGAUCUUUAGUCUGAAACAGAGGAGCUGAGUUUAGAGUCCAGACUUUGAGCGAAGACGGUGAUAGUCCUCACUCAGCAUGUCUAAAUGGGGCAAGUGGCUCUCUGGAGACUGGAUCAGUGUUGGUAAGGAGGUCAGCCUGCUACCAGGAGCAUCUCGCUCUAAUGGACAGACAAAAAUUAUGGAGAGAAUAGAGAGAGAGAUUGCAGUAGGAAAAUAUUACCUCCGUGAAAAACAGGCCUAUUCUUAAAGCAAUAGUUACCCCAAACAUUCUGAUAUCAUUUAUUUGCACUCUAAUGUCUUUUUAAACUUUGAUUUAUGUUUUUUAAACUUGUGAAAAGGUUUGUUGUAGCAGCAUAGCUACCAUAAAUUGUUGAUACGACUUACAAUUGUACAAAAAGUUACUAUAAUUUUCUAUGAGGAAUAGACAGAAAUUGAAGUCAUUGUUUGAUGAAAACAAUUCCCCUACACCGUAGCUUGUAUUCAACGUGUCAUAUUUGGAGCUUGACAGCUCCAGUAGCCAUUCACUGCACACACUGAAGUGAAUAUAUUUUAGACAGACCUCAAUAUUGUUGUUAUUAUAUCUGGAGGAUCUGUAACAUGAGAAAAGGAAAUUAGAGUUUCCUCUAGAAACAAUCUCUCAUUUAUUUUCCAUGCUUCACUGGAGGUGUUGCUUAAUGGGCUUUGAUAGCUGCUAAUGGAAUCUGGGAAUUACAUUUUUGUGAAAUGCCAACGCGAGUCUGUACAAGCCGCUGCUGACAUCUGUUGGUGAGAGUUUGGUGUUGUAAUUUACAUGUAUGUCUACAAGGGGUCGCCAUUGCCCAAACAGCAACUUUAUUUCAAUCCACAAAAAGUAUAUUUGGAGUCACACUGAAAUAAUUUAAUUGCAUUAGAUGGUAAAUUAUCAAACCGAGUGGCAUUGAUUUAAAUGAAGACACCACUAGCACAGCUGUGUGUGUGUGUGUGUGUGUGUGUGUGUGUGUGUGUGUGUGUGUGUAUAUAUAUGUCUGAAAAAGUUGGGAAAAUUUGAAAAAUGCUAAUAAAAACAAAAAGGAGUGAUUUGUAAAUUAUAUUCACCCUUUGCUAUAUUGAAAGCACUACAACUAAACAUUAUGUUUUACCUUGUGAAUUGUAUUUUUUUAUUAGAAUUUUUUUUAUGUACAGUCAUUUCAAGAUGAUUGCAACACACUCCAAAAAAGUUGAGACAGUCGAGUGUUUUCCACUGUGAAACAUCACCAUUUCUUCUAAUAACACUUAUUAAGCAUGUAGACACUGAAGAUACAAGUUUAAGUUUAAUAAGUGCAAUUUUCCCCCAUUCAUCCAUUAUGCAGGUCUUCAGCUGCACAAUUGUAUGGGGUCUUCAUUGCGGUAUUGUGGGCUUGAUAAUGCACCACCACACAUUCUCAGUUGGAGAUGGUCAGGAUUGCAGGCAGGUCAAUCUAGCAUCCACACUCUGCUUAUUCGGCCAGUAUGUAUUUUGAAGUUGUCUGGCUGAAAAUUCUGGGAUGUCCCUGGAAAAGACUGUGCUGGAAGGCAGUAUAUGCAGCUCCAACAUUUUUACAUAUCUGUCUGCAUUAACGAUGCCCUCACAGGUGUGCGAUUUACUCAUGUCAUGGGCACUGGCACACCCUUGGCCCAUACAGACACUGGCUUUUGGACCUGAUGCUAAAAACAGCUUGAAUGGUUCAUUUCAUCUUUGGUCUGGAGAACACGACAGCUGUGUUUAAAAAAAAAAACUAUUAUAAAUGUGGACUCAUCGGACCAAAAAACACAGUUCCACAUUUCUACUUUCCAUCUAAGAUGAGACCGAGCCCAGAGAAGUCAGCAGUGCUUCUGGACAGUGUUGAUGUACGGCUUCUGCUUUGCGUUGUCUUAACUUGCAUCUGUGGAUGCAGCAGCGAGUGGUGUUGACUAACAAAUUAUAUAGCGCCUUAUUAAACUUAGCCGUAUUCAAAGCGGUUAACACAGCGUCUCAUUCACCAAUUCAUACAUACAUUCACACACCAAUGUUGGCAGAACUACCAUGCAAGUUGCUAGCCUGCUCCCAUUGGGAGCAACUUGGGGUUCAGUGUCUUGCCCAAGGACACUUUGGCAUGUGGAGUCGUGUGGGCCGGGAAUCGAACCACUAACCCUGCGAUUGGUGGACAACCCACUCUACCCCCAUGUUCAUGAUAUCCAUUACAGAUAAAUUAUGUAUUUUAAGACUGUGAUGUCUGAGAGAUCAAAGAUCAUGAGCAUUCAGAAAUGGUUUUUGUCUGGCCCUUUACGCACCGAGAUUUGACCAGAUCUCUUGAUUCUUUUAACUAUAUUGUGCACUGUAGAGGGUGAAAUGCACAUAAUCCUUCCAAUUUGUCUUUGGGGAACAUUGUUCUCAAAGUGCUGAAGCAUCUGUUGGCAAAUUGACAAGUCUCGAAUGAUCCUUGCCUCACCUGUUGAACAUCUCCUGUUUCACAUUGCCUUCUUAUUUUAACCCUUCAAAUUUGUAUUAGUCUUAAAUUGCCCCUGUCUCAGCUUUUUUUGAGGGUGUUGCAAUCAUCUGAUUUGAAAUUACUGUACAUAAAAAAACAAUGAAAUUCACAAGGUAAUGCAUCAUAUAAUGAUGUAGUGCUUUCAAUAUAGCAAAUCACUCCAUUUUGUUUUUAUUAGCAUUUUUCAAACUGUCCCAACUCUUUUGGAAUUGGGGUUGUAUAUAAUGAAUUUUAUAUACAUGAAUUAUAUAUAUAAUUUAUAAGUUGUUAGGUCCUUGAGAUUGGGGUCAGUCACUCUGUAAUACUGUAUGUUCUAGUAAGAGAGAAAUUUCAGGUGUUUGUUUUUCGCCAAGAACACGCAUAGAUCAUUUCCUCUCAAAUACUUUGGGCUUUGUUUUUCAAGCCUCUGUAGAGCAGAAAAGUUCAUUUAUAAUUAAAUUAAACCUUUAUUGGGGCUUUAGAGGGGAUGAACACUUUUGUCAAUGCCUUGCGCACGAGUCUAGACAUAUAAAUGUUUGACAUAUCAGGUUUGAUGUAUUUACAAUUAUAUCAUGCCAAUUAUAUGAAAUUAAAGUGUGAGCCAAUACCAUGAGUAUUGUUAGAAGGCAUUGUUGAUAGAAUUCCAGGUUUUGAAUGCGUCUGGUUUUUCCCCAUACUUUUAAAUGGUAAAUUAGCUGUAUAAACAUUGGACGUUCUCCAAACGACCGGCCCUACCUGAUACGGCAAUGAGUGUGCAAUAGCCCCUUUGUUUGCUUUCUUUUAGACAAAAAUAUAUGUCCUCUGAGACCUUAGCACAGAUCUUAAAUAUACUUUGUGAAA